CUUUCGCUGCCCUAAUAAAACUUUAAGCCACCUUCUCUUACUCAGAAAGAACUGAAGAGCGGCGAUUCUGUGCGUUAGUCUGUAACGGCCUUGUCCCCGCCGCCGCCGCCGCCGCCGCCGGCUCCUCGCCGUGCCCCGCCGCCAAUCCUCCUUCUCUCGGAGCAGAAUCAGAGAAGAGGCAACUCCGGGGACUUAUAUUGCUUGUUCUUCAGCCUUUCUUUUUGUGUUUCGCCAAUGGCACCAAAUAAGACGAGUAGGGAUAGACUGCGAAACCCGCAGCCCUUCCUCGCGGCGGACGACAACCCGUUUCCCAACAAGCAACAUUCCAAAGCGCGGAAGCGCCAUCAUCAGGAGGAUGAGAUGCUUUUAUCGUCCGGGAUGAGCUCCAAGAUUUUUAGGGAAGCUCGUAUUCAGCAGAAAGAGAAUGAAAUUGAAGCGAAGAACCAACUUCGUGCAAACUCUUUCUUUGAACUACCUGAACAAAUUCCCAACGACGAUGAGGACGAUGAGAUUGACGCUUUCAAUGGAUUCUCUGAAACUCAAUCUCAUAUUGGUACUUUUGAGGAGGAGGACAUUGCUGAGGAAGAUGAGCGCUUAGUGGAGGCUUUUUUGUCUAAGGAUGUAGGGCCGCAACAUACUCUUGCUGACCUUAUUGUUAGGAAAAUAAAAGAAAAUGAUGCUGUUGUCAGUUCAGAAGCACAACCUCUGCCAAAAUUAGAUACCUCAGUCAUAGACUUGUACAAAGGAGUGGGGAAAUCUCUUAACAAAUAUAUGGCUGGAAGAAUACCCAAAGCUUUCAAGCGCAUCCCUUCCAUGCAGCUCUGGGAGGAAGUUUUGUAUUUAACCGAGCCUGAAAAUUGGUCACCAAAUGCUAUGUUUCAAGCCACAAGAAUUUUUGCAUCCAAUUUGGGAGUAAAAAAGGUGGAGAAAUUCUAUAAGCUUGUAUUGCUUCCUGCAGUACGGAAAGACAUUCAAAAUAAUAAGCGGUUACACUUUGCCUUGUAUCAAGCAUUGAAAAAGGCCCUCUAUAAACCAACUGCCUUCUUCAAAGGAAUUUUGCUUCCUCUUUGCGAGUCUGGCACUUGCAACCUGAGGGAGGCUGUGAUCAUUGGGAGCAUUAUUCAAAAGGUUACUAUUCCUGUGCUUCAUUCAAGUGUUGCAUUAUUUAAGCUUGCAGAGAUGGAGUAUUGUGGCACAACAAGUUAUUUCAUUAAACUUAUAUUGGAGAAGAAAUAUGCAUUACCAUAUCGUGUAGUUGAUGCCCUUGUUGCACAUUUUAUGAGGUUUCUUGAAGAGACACGAGUAAUGCCCGUAAUAUGGCACCAGUCACUACUUGCAUUUAUGCAGAGGUAUAAAAAUGAAUUGCGGAAGGAAGAUAAAGCAAACAUUAGAAUUCUUCUUGAAAGUCAUAAGCACAAAGAUGUUACUCCAGAAAUUUUGAAGGAACUAAAUAAUAGCCGCAGUCGUGGUGAGAAGGACACUACUACAAUUCCAGCUCCUGUGUCUAAAGCUGUGGAAGAAGACAGGUUCAAUAUUCCACAAGUUCCAAUGGAAGAGGAUUGAUUCACCCAUUCCUCUGCUAUGGCAUCAUGUUGGUGCUCAAGUUUUUGCAGUUGAGAAACAAGAUAUUAUUGAUUUGUAAAGAUUAGUUUUAAUAUGCACAUUGAGAUCACAGUUUAUAAAUUUGUUAUUUGGAAAAAAA